AUGAUUACUUUAGUUAGUUGGAUAUUAUAUCAUAUAAAUAAAGCUAAAAGAAAUAGGAAAAAAUUGGAUGUAAUGAAUGCUUUUAAACGCAGGAAAACCCUCGAUCUUUUAAAAAAGUUUGAACACAAUAGGAAAAAUACAUGUGAAUCCAUCAUGACAUUUAAUUUUAAUAAACAACGUAUUCGACUUUUAACUGAUUUAAAUGAUGUUAAAAUAAAUUGUAAGGGGAUUUUGUAUUGGAUGUUUCGUGAUAUUAGAAUACAAGAUAAUUGGGCACUACUUUUUGCUCAAAAAACUGCUUUAAAAAAUAAUGUACCACUUCAUAUAUGUUUUUGCAUAAUGCCAAGCUUUCUCAAUGCUUCUAUAAGGUAUUACAAAUUUCUUCUCAAAGGACUAAUAGAGAUUGAACAAGAAUGUAAAACAUUAAAUAUAAGUUUUCAUCUUUUACAUGGUGAACCAAAUGUGAGCAUUCUUAAAUUCGUAAAAACAUAUAAUAUGGGAGCUGUGAUUACUGACUUUUAUCCAUUAAAAUUAUCUAUAUCAUGGAUUGAUAAAGUACAAAAGAAUCUUCCUAAAGAUGUCCCCAUUUGUCAAGUUGAUGCUCACAAUAUUGUGCCUUGCUGGUAUGCAUCAUCAAAACAAGAAUUUAGUGCUAGAACAAUCAGGAAUAAACUAAAUACAAAACUGGAGGAGUUUCUAACAGAAUUUCCUCCUGUCAUAAGACAUCCAUACAUAACAAAACAAAAAUUUAAAAACAAUGAUUGGGAAAUAGCUUUGCAAAAUUUAGAAGUAGAUAAAUCAACAACUGAAAUUACAUGGGCUAAGCCAGGAUACAGAAAUGGUAUCAAGGAACUUGAAAACUUUUUAACAUAUCGUUUAAAAAAAUAUGGAGAUGAACGUAAUAAUCCUUUAUUAAAUACCAUUAGUAAUUUAUCACCUUGGUUUCAUUUCGGUAUGAUAUCAAUACAACGUUGUAUUUUGGAAAUAAAAGAGUAUAAAAAUCUAUAUAAAAAGUCUGUUGAAUCCUUCAUGGAAGAAACUAUUAUUAGAAGAGAACUCAGUGAUAAUUUUUGCUUUUAUAAUGAUAAGUAUGACCUUGUUGAAGGUGCCUAUCCUUGGGCUAUAGAAACACUAAAUAAACAUCGAACGGAUAAGAGAAAAUAUAUAUAUUCUUUAAAUCACCUGGAAAAUUCUGAAACUCAUGAUGAUUUAUGGAAUGCAUGUCAAAAUCAAAUGGUGAUAAUAGGAAAAAUGCAUGGAUACUUACGAAUGUAUUGGGCAAAAAAAUUAUUAGAAUGGACUGAAACACCUGAGAUAGCUUUAGAAUGGGCAAAUUAUUUAAAUAAUAAGUAUAGUAUAGACGGUUGUGAUCCUAAUGGUUACGUAGGCUGCAUGUGGUCUAUCUGUGGUGUUCAUGAUCAUGGUUGGACAGAAAGAAAUAUAUUUGGAAAAAUAAGAUAUAUGAAUUACGAAGGAUGUAAACGAAAAUUUAAUGUUGCCGAAUUUGUUAUGAAAUGGAAAAAGAAAGAAACUGAUGAAUUUACAUAGAAACACAAUUAUUAGUUAUGAUUACAUAAUUAUUAAUAAUAUAUUAAGAUUUAACCGUCCAUUUACUCAAUUUUAAAAGAGAUAUAUUUCAGAAUAGAAAUUAUUUUACUGAUAUUUAUUAUUUUUACUUAUUGUUAACAUAUAUCGUGUUUUAUAACAUUCAUUAAUAGCUGAAGUGAAGAGGGAACUGCGUAUAAUGAAAUUAAAGUAAGCCUUUAGCGUGAUCAUAAUGCAGCAGCCUUCAGACCUAAGAAAAUACAGUUAAUUUUAUUUAGAUUCUUAUGAAUUCCGUAGAUUACUCCAGCAACAAAUCAGUCGCUACAACCAUAUACAAUGUAUGUUUUAUUUAGAUCGUCAGAAAUAAAAGAUAAAAGCGGGUACAAACAAGAAGUAAUCCUAGUGUAAACAAUCAAUUUAUCUACUUUAUCAUAAAAAGCUUUUAAAUCACUUCCCAAAGCUUCAUGAACGA